CUUCCCGGAGGCGUCAUGAGCUGCAUCACCCUCCCCAGCGUGCUGCCCGGCUCCCCCAGCAAGACCCGGGGGCAGAUCCAGGUGAUUUUCGGCCCCAUGUUCUCAGGAAAAAGCACCGAGCUGAUGAGACGGGUCCGUCGCUUCCAGAUCGCCCAGUACAAGUGCCUGGUCAUCAAGUAUGCCAAAGACACUCGCUACAGCAAUAACUUCUCCACACAUGACCGGAACACCAUGGAGGCUCUACCUGCCUGCCAGCUCCGGGAUGUGGCCCAGGAAGCCCUGGGUGUGGCUGUCAUAGGCAUCGACGAGGGGCAGUUUUUCCCCGACAUUGUGGAGUUCUGCGAGACCAUGGCCAACGCCGGGAAGACAGUGAUUGUGGCCGCACUGGACGGGACCUUCCAGAGAAAGGCUUUCGGGGCUGUCCUGCACUUGGUGCCCCUGGCCGAGAGCGUGGUAAAGCUGACCGCGGUGUGCAUGGAAUGCUUCCGGGAAGCCGCCUACACCAAGAGGCUGGGCACGGAGAAAGAGGUCGAGGUGAUCGGUGGAGCAGACAAGUACCACUCUGUGUGUCGCCUCUGCUACUUCAAGAAGUCCUCGGGGCAGCCCGCCGGGAUAGACAAGGAGAACUGCCCGGUGCUGGGGAAGCCGGGGGAGGCCGCUGCAUCCAGGAAGCUCUUUGCCCCUCAGCAGGUCCUGCAGUGCAACCCCGCCCACUGAGGGGGUCCAGGCCAUGGCCAAGGACAGCCACUGCUGCUGCCCCCUAGCGGGUGCCUGCCCCCUGCACAUGCGUGACCUUUCCAGAGGAGGAAGUCUGGGGAGGAGAUGGAGGUUACUGCGCUUGGGGAAUCUGCUGCCUUCAGAGACUGGCCCUUUCAGAGGCUAGUCCACGUGUCACAUCCUCUGCCCUUGCCUGCCCACCCAUCCUUUCUCGGUUCCCCUCCGAGCUGCUGGGAUGAUCCACCCCAGGCUGGAGCUGGCCUGUGUGGUGUCUGGCUCCAGGUCUGGCUGCUGCAGAUGUCCCCUCCUGCUUUGGGGUGAGGGGCAGAGCCACGUGCUGUUGUGACAUCAGUGCUGCUGGCUGUUUCCCCCUUUGUGGCUUUUACUGUUGAGUUUCUGUUCUCCCUGGGAAGUCUGUGCACCAGUACCUAUGAGCAUCGUCCCGCACCACGGUGUCUGUCCGCUGCCGGGGACUGCUCUGCCCUCCUCUGAGGUUGGCUUGGGCUCUUGCUUCCCUUUGGGCUGAAAGGCCUUCCUCCGUUCUGGUGAUUGUUUUCUCCAGA